UUACCGGAACUGAUAACAAUUCCUCCUGAGAGCUCACAGGGAGGUAAAGACAUUACGACUCAGUCAUCGAUGGCUGAGACGACCAAAAUAGAUGAUCAUAAAGUAGUGACUGAAAGCCCAGAAUCCGGAAGUUUGAGUUCCAGCGCAACAGACGCUAACAAUAAAUCAAAUGAUCCGCAAACCACUGCUUUCUCUGUCAAUGAGUUGUUUAACACAAACAUUAGCCCAAAUCCAGUGGAUGUCUCAUCAAAGACACCGAAAACUAUUAGCUUUGAUGCAAACGAGGAGUUAAUAAAUUCUCAAACAUCUACUAAAGAAAAAACAUCUCACGAGACAACUGAAUACACAAUCGAUACGUCAUCCGAAGCGCAUACCAUCGCAAGCAAUCCAAGUGAUACUGUAGUUAAGAUUAUCACUACUACUGUCACACCGAUUACUACUACGACUAGUGGCCAAAUAACAACUAAAUCCUCAGAUGAAAUACAGACAACACAAGCAAGUGUCAGCUCAAGCACUACAACACCAGUAACUACAAGUGCAAUAUCCAGAGAAACAUCUCCUUCUUCUUCUACUACUACUACAACCCCUUCUCCAACACAACAAACCACAGAAGUGCCAAAUAAGACAACUCUUAUAACUACAAGUCAAUCAAAUUCAGAUCAAUUAUAUAUUCCUACGAUAACUAUGCAAAGCGACAACGAGUCCACACAAUUGCACAAUAGCUCGCAUCACGACAUCGCAACAGAAUAUCCAUAUCUUAAUACAUCUGAUUUGCAAAGUUCUUCGGCACCCGAGACCACAACAGGCCAUUCAAGUGAAUCAGAAAGUAAAACACUACCAGAUUUGUUGUCACUGUUUGCCAAUAUUACCGAAGAAAUGACUUCACAGGCCAUAGAAACAAAACCCACGGAAUCACAAACAGUAACCCAAUCGAGUGAAACUGUUAGGCCUAUAGAAACGAGUUCUACAACUCAUUCACCAGAACCUAAAGUAAGCACAGAAUCCAUACAAACAACUAUUUUUAGAGAAGAAACUGAACCAAAACAGACGACAGUAGUCGUAACACAAUCACCGCAAACCACCCCCAAAAUGAUUGAACCAGAAGUGACCACACAUUUGAGUCAACUAAUGAAUGCCAGUGAAUCUCCCGAAGCCAAUCAAACGCAACCCGUAGAAGAAAAUCUUAUACAAACCACUAAAUCUGAUCCAAGCCAUGGCUCGGAAUCGGCCCCAUGGACUCAUCCUCAGCCAACAGAUCCCAUAGAUGCCAUAUCAACCGGUAUUCCAGUACAGCCAAAUAUAAAUACUUUAAAAGUGAUUCUUCCGAAUAUAAAGCAUCUAAAUUACAUCAACAAAGAAGAUAUGGUCAAUACAGUU